UUUUUUAUCUGUUGACGAGUCAAGACAAACCAUGUAUUAUAAUAAAUAACAUGUCCUAAUGAAAAAAAUGUGAAUUAUUAACAAAAGCAACGUACGGUACGCGUAGAACCACAUCGGGCGAUAAUGAAAAAGAAUUACACCAAUACCAGGUACCAGAAAUUGCAAGUGUACCCGUACAAUGAUGCGCCGGACUUGUAUAUUCACCGGAAUUCGGACGAGGCGAUUUCACCGAAUUGGCUGACGGCCACCGAGGCGAGCAGUUUAACGUGCGAGGAAGUUGCGCAACGGUUGGAAGUCGACGUGCGAAAGGGCCUGACGUGGCAGGACGCGACUAAACGACGACAGAUAUCCGGGUACAACGAGUUCUCAGUGACAGUAGAAGACCCGCCAUGGAAAAAGUACCUGGAGCAAUUCAAGAAUCCGCUGAUUCUGCUCCUGCUGGCGUCCGCGGUGGUCUCGGGGGCGAUGCAGCAGGUGGACGACGCCGUGAGCAUCACCUGCGCCAUCAUCAUCGUCGUCACGGUCGCCUUCGUCCAGGAAUACCGAUCGGAGAAGAGUCUGCAGGAGUUGACGAAACUUGUGCCGCCCGCUUGCCAUUGCUUACGUGAGGGUACCCCCGACUCGUUCCUGGCCAGGGAAUUGGUACCGGGGGACAUAGUGAUCUUGAAUGUGGGCGAUCGGGUACCGGCCGAUCUACGUUUGUUUGACACCGUCGAUUUGCUCAUCGACGAGAGCAGUUUUACGGGUGAAACCGAACCAUCCAGAAAAAACACCGAUUCGGUGCUGAGGCCGAACGGGGCGCACGCCUCCAACACGAAUAUCGCUUUUAUGGGCACGUUGGUCAGGUCUGGAAAUGGCAAAGGUAUAGUAGUGAGCACAGGAACCAACAGCGAGUUCGGUUCCGUGUUCAAGAUGAUGCAGGAAGAAAAAGCCCCCAAGACGCCUCUGCAAAAGUCGAUGGAUUCGUUGGGGGCCCAACUGUCCCUUUACUCAUUCGCCAUAAUCGCUGUGAUCCUGCUUAUCGGAUGGUGGCAGGGCAAAAUACUGCUGGAGAUGUUUCAGAUUGGUGUUAGUUUGGCCGUCGCGGCCAUUCCCGAAGGUUUACCCAUCGUGGUCACGGUUACUUUGGCCUUGGGGGUGAUGCGGAUGGCGAAACGGAAGGCGAUAGUGAAAAAGUUGCCCACCGUUGAAACAUUAGGGUGCGUGAACGUGAUAUGCAGCGACAAAACCGGAACGAUAACCAGAAACGAGAUGACGGCCACGGUGUUGGUCACUUCCGACGGUUACAUCGCGGAAUUGAGCGGAGCCGGUUACAACGACCACGGACAAGUUUUAUUGCACAAAUGCGACUAUCCGGACAAAGCGAGGGACAGUGUUGCCAACUUAUUAGAGGUGGGCGCGGUGGCAAAUAACGCGAUAAUAACCGACGAAGUUUUAAUGGGACAACCGACAGAGGGUGCCCUGCUCGCCGCGGCGAUGAAACACGGCAUGUACAACGUCGCAGAUCGUUACUUAAGAUUGAAAGAAUAUCCGUUCACGUCGGAACAUAAAAUGAUGGCGGUGAAGGUGAUCUCGAAGUACGACAGUAGCAAGGAGGAGAUUUAUUUCGCCAAAGGGGCGUUGGAGAGGAUUUUACCCAAAUGUACCGGGUACAGCGUGAACGGUGUGGUGCAACCGUUGACGCCGGAAAAACAGGCGGAUUUUGUAGCGGAAUGUUCCGAAAUAGCUAAGAAGGGCCUCAGGGUGAUUGCCUUAGCCAAAGGAGACAGUUUAUCGAACCUAACUUACAUGGGCCUGGUGGGUAUUUGUGACCCACCGCGACCGAUGGUCCGCGAGGCCAUCAAUAUCCUCACCGAAUCCGGGGUAAAAGUGAAAAUGGUCACCGGGGACGCCAUGGACACUGCCGUGGCAAUUGCUCAAUCGAUCGGUUUGGCCACACAACCGAAUAACGUUCUGUCCGGAGAGCAGCUGGACACGUUCACCGAACAGGAACUGGACGCUGCCGUACCGCAGGCCACCGUAUUCUACCGGGUGUCCCCGAAAAAUAAACUGUCAAUAGUGAAAUCUCUACAGAGAUCCGGUUAUAUCGUGGGCAUGACCGGGGACGGGGUGAACGACGGGGUGGCAUUAAAGAAAGCGGACAUCGGAAUCGCCAUGGGAAAGAACGGCACCGACGUGUGCAAAGAGGCGGCCGAUAUGAUCCUGGUCGAUGACGAUUUUUACACCAUUAUUGCGGCAAUUGAGGAAGGCAAAAGCAUCUUUCACAACAUUAGAAACUUCGUCGGUUUUCAGCUGUCCACCUCGAUAGCCGCGUUGGCUUUGGUCGCCCUGGCCACCAUUAUGGACAUUCCGAAUCCGUUAAACGCUAUGCAGAUUUUAUGGAUAAACAUUCUGAUGGACGGUCCGCCCGCUCAAAGUUUAGGGGUGGAACCGGUCAGCGACGACGUGGUGAAACAGAAAUCGCGGGACACCAAAGAACCGAUGAUCACCAAGAAGUUGAUCGUUAACGUUUUACUGUCGGCCACGUUUAUUUUGGCCGGGACGUUAUGGGUGUUCAAUAAGGAGAUGACAGAAGACGGUGUAACGGCCCGCGACACCACCAUGACCUUCACCUGUUUCGUGUUCUUCGACAUGUGGAACGCCCUCUCGUACCGAUCGCAGACGAAGAGCGUCUUCCAAAUCGGCCUCUUUUCCAACACGUUUUUCUUGGUGGCGGUCGGCGGUUGCGUCUUGGGUCAACUUUUAGUCGUCUACGUGCCUCCGCUACAAGAAAUCUUUAAAACUGAAGCAUUAACCGCUUGGGAUAUGGCGUUUCUGGUAGCGCUCACAUCUUCGGUAUGGAUCUUUUCGGAAUUCAAGAAACUAUUCGAGAGGUUACUAGAGAAGAGAUGUAAGGGUAAAAAGACACCUUUGGAGUAUGUAUGACACCGGAAACGAAGGUUUUUCGCAAAAAAGGCUACGGUAGAGCGGCAGUUGGAUUAAGGAUCCGUAAACGCACGAAUGCAUGCAGACCACUUUUUACCAGGACGAAUAAGCGAAAACCGUAUGGUCCCUGCCCCUUGUCCGGGUUCGUUGUACCAUAUCAAUUACCUUUUUAUUUAUGUAUUAAAAGAAAACAUGUAAUUUAUUCACGUAUAUAUGUACGAUCACUCACAACAUAAUAUACUCCUCGCUCACGUUGAACUUACUUCAAUGUUUUUUUUUUUUAUUUAUUUUGUAUAUUUUUGCAUAAUUUAAGAUGAAAAUGGUAGGUAGCUAUUCGGUGUUAUCCCUCUUUUGUUUUUGUAAAUUAUGUCUAUAUUUAUUAAUAAUUAAGUCUAUAUUUUUGUAUGUUAA